AUGGCGGAUGCUAGCAAAAAGAGGGACAUUGGAUGGAAUUAUGGCACUCAAGGAGCGACGAAAGAUUCGGUUACUUUGAGGCAGCCGGAAGAAUUUGUUGAUAUUGAUGAUCUUGAUGAAAUGAAUGAUUAUGCGGAAAUGAGGCCUCCCUCCAAAACUCAAAAGAUAUCUUCUAGUGGAGGUUCAUCCACCGCACGGAGUGUGACGAAAGGACCUUUGAACCUCUAUUUUUCACAAAAAUCAACACAAAAAGGAGGCUUAGAAAAAGGAGGAGGAAUCGAAGAAACAAAGAAAAUUCUAAGAGAGCGUGCGGUAAGUGCUUUUGCAAUUUGGAUGUAUGAUGCCGGGCUCCCUUUUAAUUGCGUCAAUCACAAAUCAUUCGAUAAAUUUAUUGAGGCGGUUGGACAACAUGGCCCCGGAAUGAAGCCUCCUACAUUCCAUGAAGUUAGAGUCACUCACCUUAAAAAAGAGGUGGAUAAAGUAGAAAAAAUUGUUGAGGAGCAUAAAGUGCAAUGGACAAAGUUUGGUUGUUCCAUUAUGAUGGACAAAUGGACGGCACGAAAUGGCAAAAUGAUCAUCAAUAUUUUGGUGAAUUCUCCAAUCGGUAGUGUAUUUCUUGGUUCGGUUGAUGCUAGCAAUGAAUCUACCGAUUCCACCAAAAUGUACAAGUUAUUUGAAAGCACUAUCGAAAGAAUUGGACCGGAAAAUGUGGUACAAAUUGUCACCGAUAAUGCUAGUGAGAAUGUCAAAGCGGGAAGUAUGAUGAUGGGUGCGUAUCCACACAUUUAUUGGACUCCAUGUGCCGCUCAUUGCAUCAACUUGAUAUUUGGUGACAUAUUCAAGGUUAAGCCAUAUGCUUCCGUUUUUAAGAAGGCCAUCAGAAUCCAUUCUUACAUUAGUCAAAGGCCAUUGUUGUUAAACUUGAUGAGAAAAUUCACCAAAGAAAGAAAUUUGGUGAAACCGGCCAAGACAAGAUUUGCAACGGCAUUCUUAACUUUGAGAGCUAUGUACAUUCAAAGAAAAAACUUGAAAACUUUAGUCCUCUCAACCGAAUGGAAUUCAAGCAAAUUUGCAAAGGAAACUUCGGGGAAAGAAGUUGCCAAUCUUCUUAUUUCUAUCCACUUUUGGAAUGAUGUUGUUCGGGCACUUACAGUUUGUAGCCCUUUGACAAAAGUGCUUCGUUUGGUGGAUGGGGAGAAAAAACCACCAAUGGGUUAUAUUUAUGAGGCAAUGGAUAGAGCCAAAGAAGCUAUUGCACAUGGUUUUCGUGGAGUUCAGAAGCAUUAUGAGAAAGUGUUUCAAAUUAUUGAUGCAAGGUGGUCAGAACAACUCCAUCGGCCUUUGCAUGCUGCAGGCCAUGUUUUGAACCCAGGAUUAUAUUAUAAAGCUGAAGAAGAGGGAACUUUAUUACAGAGUUUGUGGACCGAGUAUUAUGCAUGUGUUGAGAAGUUGGUCCGUGAUACAACAAUACAAGAUGCACUAAUCGCUGAGCUUCCUAAGUACAAAAUGGCGGAUGGACUAUUUGGUUGUGGUCCGGCUAAAAGAGCUAGAGACACAAGGUCACCGGUUGAAUGGUGGUCACUAUUUGGUAGUGAAACACCAAACUUGCAAAAGUUUGCCAUGAAAGUAUUAAGCCUAACUUGUAGCUCAUCUGGAUGUGAGCGAAAUUGGAGUGUGUUUGAACACAUUCAUUCCAAAAAGAGGAAUAGGCUUACACUAUCGCGUCUCAAUGAUCUAGUGUACAUUAAGUACAAUAGAACAUUGAAACGUCGUUAUGAUGCUCGUGAUCUUAUUGAUCCAAUUCGCUUGGAUAACAUAGAUGAUUCAAAUGAAUGGUUAGUUGGAUGCCCCGAAGAUCAAGAUGAUGAACUAGUAUAUGAGGAUGAUGAUCUUACUUGGGGUAGUGUUGCUACGGCAAUUGGAGCGGACGAGAGUAUCUAUCAUCUUAGGGGACUUUCUUCAAGAUCAACAGUACUUAACAAGGGCAAAGGAGUAGAAAGUACAUCUACAAGUUCAUCUUUAAGUAGGACUCGAACACUAAUUGAUGAAGAAUACGAGGAGGAGGAAGAUGAAGAGCAAUAUAAUGAUGUAGAGGAUUUUGAUCUUCAAGAGUUGGAUAAUUUUGAAGAAGAAUAG